UUGAACGGGGAAAGGCAGUCGCGGCGCGGAUAUUGCACCGUUUGGCUGUAACGGAGUGGUUUCAAUUGUGUGGAGGACAGUGGGAAAACUCGCGUGCCAUUGACAGGUCAACGAGAAUAGCGGUAGAGAUUACCGAACGAACGAACGAUUGAUCGAUCAAUCGAUCGAUCGAAAAAAAGAAAGAAAGAAACGAAGAAACGUUCGAAACUAAUUUAACCACGAUACCACGUGUUUCAUUCCUGGAGAAUUUCAUUAGCGUUCUCUGCUCUUCGCUGUCCUCCUUCGUCUGUCUUUAUUUCAUUCAUUUUGCCUUACUUUCUCCGAAAACGAACAGUCGUUUGUCCGAUAAGACGGAAGAAAGAGAAAUAGAGAGACAGACAGAAAUAAGAAAUUUUCAUGUCAUCCUUGUAGUAAUUUAAUAGCUAGAGAAGCGCGCGUGUCAUUUAACAAAAAUUCACUAUUUUAAUCUUUCCAUCUCUCUUUUUCUCUCUCUCUCUCUCUCUUUGAUUAGAGAAAUAACAGAAACGUGUGUGCGCGCGCGCGCCUCCGCAAUCUUACAAUUAUUAAUAGUUAGUAGUUCGACGUAAGCGAGUGUGUAUUGUGUCACGCGGAAAGUGUCUAUUGCAUACGACGUUAGCGGAAUCAUGAGGAAGGAAAAACAUAUCGAAGACUUUUGACGAAGAUCUUUUUUCAUUCUGAGUGUCUGGUGGUCGUGCUCCUGUUCCUGCUUUUGAUUCUGCUCGUAUUGUCCAGGACGUUUACCUCGAUCGCCUUGACAUUGAGCUUGGUCUUGCCUGACGUUUCUCCUUUAACUUUUUGAACCACGCAACGCCCCCUUUCAUCGCUCGACAACGUUCAAGCGAGUCGCACGCUUACGAAUAUCUUCAAAGAGAAGAUUAUCAUCGUUUUCAUCUUUUCUUUUUGUCAUCGGUCCAUCCGGAGAGAACCGAUCCGUACUCUUCUCCGAUAAUUUGCUGUUCGCAUUGCCAAUAUCAUUGAACCCAAGUACUCUGGAAUGUUAACGAGAUGAUCAAAAUGCGGUGACGUUAUUGAAGAAACAUUACCAAUACAAAUACAUAUCAUCGAAGUCAUAUACCUACAUUGUGUGAUCGAAAUAUUAUUAAGAUAGAAAAAAGAAAUUGUAUAAUCGUGGUUCGUUGAACCGAUUGAUGCAUAUCAUAUAUCGAGAAGAAGAAGAAGAAGAAGAAGAAGAAGAAUUGAAAGUAUUAGAAAGAAUUAAAAUCAACGAUUUGGCCGAUUUCAAGAUCGGCGAUGUAAAAAGUGCGAUCGAAUUAGUUUAUUAAAUCGUAGUUUACUGAUAUUGACGAUAGGAAAGUAGUGAAGAACGAAAUUUAGAAGGAAGAAAUGUUGCUGAGGUAACACGCAUAGAAACUCUUUGAGAAUAGUAGCAGAGGAAGUUGCGAAAAGGGGAGUGAUCAUUGGAAGGAGGGGGAAAAAGAGAAAAAGGUUGGAGAGGAGGAAAGGUUAAAGAAAAGAAAAGGAGAAGGAGAAGGAGAAGGAAAGGGAAAAAGGAUGGGCUUUCCAAGAAGAAGAUCAUUGUGGUUGAAGGUCGGAGUACUGGCGACGGCUGUUUGGAUCACCGUGUGUUUCCUUUUGUACACGGAGGAUCGUGCGGCUGCCGAAGCUGUACAGGGUUUGGCACCCUCUGGUGUCGCUGCACCACCGCAAGUGGCUAACGGUUUCGUGCCACCAGCGCUUCCUCUUAGAAAGGAGACGCAAGGAAACGCUCAGAGCAAAGCCAAACUUAAUCAGGCUGGUCUCGAACAAGGAGGAGGUGUUUUAGUUGCACCUCGUGAUCCAGACUUCGCGGGACUCGGUGAGAUGGGUAGACCAAUCAUAUUACCAACUAACCUAACUGCGGAGAUCAAAAAGCUGGUGGACGAUGGGUGGAUAAAUAACGCUUUCAAUCAAUACGCUAGCGAUCUUAUUUCCGUGCAUAGAACUUUACCCGAUCCUCGUGACCAAUGGUGUAAGGAGCCUGGAAGAUACCUGAAGGAUCUUCCACCAACCGCGGUGAUUAUUUGCUUUCACAACGAAGCCUGGUCAGUUUUGUUAAGAACAGUACAUUCUGUACUGGACAGAUCACCGGAUCAUCUUAUACAAGAAAUUAUUCUCGUUGAUGAUUUUUCGGAUAUGCCUCAUCUGAAACGGCAACUGGAAGAUUACAUGAUGAAUUAUCCGAAGGUGAAAAUCAUUCGUGCCCAAAAACGCGAAGGCUUGAUAAGGGCUCGUCUACUUGGUGCAUCGGCUACCAAAGCACCGGUCCUCACAUAUUUGGACAGUCACUGUGAAUGCACCGUAGGAUGGCUCGAACCUCUUUUAGAUAGAAUAGCGCGUGAUCCAACGACGGUAGUUUGUCCAGUAAUCGAUGUUAUCGAUGACACUACACUCGAGUACCAUUGGAGAGACUCAGGUGGUGUGAACGUCGGCGGCUUCGAUUGGAAUCUUCAGUUCAACUGGCACGCAGUACCGGAAAGGGAGAAGAAAAGACAUAAGAAUCCGGCGGAGCCUGUUUGGUCACCUACAAUGGCGGGUGGUUUGUUCUCGAUAGAUCGUGCUUUCUUCGAGAAACUCGGUACAUACGAUAGUGGAUUCGAUAUCUGGGGCGGUGAGAAUCUCGAGUUAUCCUUCAAGACUUGGAUGUGCGGAGGUACUCUGGAAAUCGUGCCGUGUUCGCACGUGGGUCAUAUCUUCAGGAAGCGUUCCCCUUACAAGUGGCGUAGCGGCGUGAACGUGCUCAAGAGGAAUAGCAUAAGGUUGAGUGAAGUGUGGUUGGACGAGUACGCCAAGUACUACUACCAAAGGAUAGGUCACGACAAGGGUAACUUUGGGGACGUAUCGGAACGGAAAGCCCUGAGGAAACAGCUCGGAUGCAAGUCGUUUAAAUGGUACCUCGACAACAUUUACCCGGAACUCUUCAUUCCUGGAGAAGCCGUAGCUUCUGGAGAGGUACGUAAUCUUGGAGAAGGAGGCAACACCUGCUUGGAUUCUCCGGCACGAAAGGCCGAUUUGCAUAAGCCAACUGGACUCUACCCGUGUCAUCGACAAGGAGGAAAUCAGAUAAGACAACUCGCUAGCGGCAUAUGUAUAGACUCGCCAGGAAAACCGGAAGACCUUCACCAGGCCGUGGGUUUAUAUCCUUGUCACCGUCAGGGCGGCAAUCAGUACUGGAUGUUGAGCAAGAUCGGUGAAAUCCGUAGAGACGAAUCCUGCUUGGAUUACAGUGGCCAGGAUGUUAUUCUUUAUCCUUGUCACGGUAGCAAAGGAAAUCAACAAUGGAUUUAUAAUCCCCAGACGAAACAGAUAAGGCACGGAAGUAGCGACAAAUGUUUAGCAAUCACCGAAAGCAAGCAACGAUUGCUGAUGGAAGAAUGUUCGUCGUCCGAAUCAAGACAAAGGUGGUCCUUCGAGAAUUACGAUCCCUCGAAGCUGUGAUAUCGCGCUUAUUCUCGUCGUCGAUCAAACAUUCCACUUGAAAUACAAAGGAAACAAGUCCUACCAUUCUUCCCAGGACAGAAAUUUUCUAUCGGCAAGACUCGUUUCGGAAGAUAGGCACAUUUCAAAUGCUGUGACGAACAAUAUUACAAUUUAUGAAUCGAGAUUAACCGUUUUUAUCGAUUUUAACGAACCGUCGUUUGGUACAGGUUUUCCUUUCUUUUUUUCUCUUUUUCUUCUAUUUUGUUUUUAUUUCUUAUUAGUGAUUAUAAAUAUAUAUUCGUCUUCGAAUAUCUUCAUUCCUUAUACGUUUACUUUUCUUCAUUAUUUCUUUUUUUUUUUUCUAUUUUUAAGACGUCGUAUCGCAAAUCAUGGAGAAUCAUUUUCGAAUGAGAAUUGUUUUAUUUCCUAAGCGUGUUUCGAUCACGAUUCUCGAUGAUUCUCGAUUGAACGAAGAAUUAACGUUAAGAUGUGUGUACGUAUGUGUGUGUGUGUUUUAAAUAACGACGAUUAUGAACAUUAGAAGGAAAGAAAGAAAGAAAGAAAACAUAUACCUCUACGAUAUUUUACAAGAACGACGACGACGACGACGGCGACGACAACCUCCUCGAAAAAAAAAAAACGAUUUCGUUUUUGCCUUGAACGACACCGCGUAUACGAAAAAUGUCGAAGAGUGUGACGGACACGUAGAAAUGUCGUUAGAAUUCUUCUUGUAUUUUAUUCGACUCGAAUGAGAGACGAGUCGUCACGUAUGUCUGUAUGUUUCAUUUAUACGUCGAUAAUCGACGAGUAAAUUCAUCGAUCGUUCAUAUCGAGGUACAGACGUAAAGAUAACAAACAAAUUAUAUGCAAAAAUAUAACAAACAUUCCAAUUGUGCGAAGCAUGCGAGAAAUACGUGUUUUAUCUUCAACAAUUGUUUUUUCUUUUUUCUCUUUCUUUUUUUUCCACACGUAACUUUUCCAAUGUAUAAAAUAUGCAUGUGUGCGCGUGCACGCAUAUGUGUAUGCGAAUUGUUAGUUUGUGGUUCUUAUCUUCUUCUUUUUUCUUGUUAUUAUCAUUAUUAUUAUUAUUAUUACUAUUAUUAUUUACAUUUCAAUCUUCCUAAAGAUUCGAACGAAAGAUAUUAUUCUCUGCAUGGUGCAAUAGUUAGAAGGAUAAUAAGAAUAUUACGUAUGAAUAAGAAUAAUGAGAAAGGCACGAGCGAUUUCUGUACAUUUAUUGUAAAAUAAUAUUUCUAUCUUCGACGAUGCCAGCUCGGAUUAGUUUGUCAUCUAAUUUAAUUAUAAGAAACAAUUAUUACGUACGCGUAACGACGGCGAACAUUUGAAAAUGAUUUCUUCGACGUUUAGGGUUACACGUACGUUUGAUAUUACACAACAGACAAGGCGUGCCUCCCUUCUUUCCCCCUUUCUCCCUUUCCCCCUUUCUCCAUUUUCUCUUUCCCUUCGCCUUUAUCCGUUUAAACGAGAAAAUUAUAUUGAAAUUCCAUUUGCGAUACGAUUCGCAAAUACUUUGCGUGCCAACGAAAUCGUGAAUACCGUUUACCCCUCCGCCGAUAAUAAUACGUUCUCGAAUAGAUCAUUUUUAAAGUAAACGGUACUACUGUUACAGCCAUACUACGAGAUCGAUUGUUUUUUUGUUGUUUUUGUGAAUGAAUCAAAUCGUCUAAACAAAAUCGUAUUUAGUUUUGUUAGAUAAAUCAACUAUUACACGGACCGAAUCACAUAUCCUCGCGAUCUCGUUAACAUAUUCUAUCAGUAAUUGAGAAAAGAACAGUAGGAAACGAUAUCAUUCCCCGUACAUAUCGAUUAUUAACAAAAAUAAUCUCAAAAUGAACGAACAUUUAACAAGGAAAAUAUGAAAAAAAAAAAAAAAGAAAAAAAAUAGGAGAAAAAUGAUAAAAUAAAGCAAACAGACAGACAACACUUUAUACAUUUUUUCAACGUUCUUUCAAAUAUCUUUAUAAUUAUAUUAUGAUGUUCUUGUUCGAGAGAUAAUAAUAUUUUAAGAUUUCGAUCGUGGAUAACUUUCGAAAGAAAGCUAAUCGUAUUUACGAUUUCGAAGAUUAUCGGUCGCAAUACUUAGCGAUACGAGUAUGUAUGCGUAUAUUAUACGAUUGUAUGUAUGUGUGUGUAUGUACGCAUAAAAGAAAUGAUUUAAGGAAACAGGUCAAGCAAAUACAUUUACAUGAAUAAUAGUAUAAUAAUAAUGUAAGUGAUAAAGUAAAAAUGAAUGAUAGAAAGAGAGAGAGCGUGUGUGUGUCAAUGAGUAUGCGUAAGUGAGUAUCGCCCGUGUUCGUCCGAUUUUAUGGCGAGUGCUUAAUUAUUA